AUGACCAGCAACGGACCACCAUUGUGUACCGGGUGUGGGCAUGUCAUCUUGGAUGAGUUCAUCCUGCAGGUUCAAGGUCGUCUUUGGCACUCUGCCUGCCUCCGAUGCUGUGUGUGUCACGAGAGUCUCAGUCAAACAUGUUUCGCUCGUGGAACUCAAGUAUUUUGUCAAAAAGACUUCUUCAGAUUACUCGGCACCCGAUGUGCUGGAUGCGGGACCGGAAUACCACCCUCAGAGAAUGUCAGAAGGGCCCAUGAGAAUAUCUACCAUGUGACCUGCUUCACGUGCGUCGCAUGUGACAUUAAACUCGAGACCGGCGACGAAUUUUACCUUCGAGAUGACGGGCGCCUCAUCUGUAGUCAUGACUACCACAGUGACAAACACACAGGUGAAAAGGAGACUCUUGACCUUCAAGAAAAGAAAUCGAGGACCUCCUUGACAGAUCUCCAAAUGGACAUCCUGACAACAGCUUUCACAUCCUGUUCCAAGCCUUCUCGACAGACCCGGGAGAGUCUAAGCAGAGAGACCGGUUUGGACCAAAGGGUCAUUCAAGUUUGGUUCCAGAACAAGCGGGCCAAGUGUAAGAGAGAUCACACUGAUGCUUCAGACGGGAACAACAAUGCAUGCGCAGAUCAACCGGAAGUGAACUUGGACCAGGUGGCAGCUCCACCUGGUGGAUUCCCGCUACCUAUAGUGAACGGAGACUGCUUGGAAAGUCACAGACAGCCCCAGACUCCAUGCGACUUUUCCCACCUGGCCGAAUUCCUGAACGUCCCGUUGCAGUUGUCCGGCAUUGGUGGACAUCCUUGGACAGCAACCCCGGACAUGUGGGAUGCAAAUUUUGUUCCCCCAAACGUCGACCUUGACCCUGCUGAUCUCAAGGACGGGGAAGUGUGUUCAAGUCGACGCGGUGAUGUCUCGUGGGAGACACGUGACCAGCUGGUCAACUGCAGACAGUGA